AUGCCUCUCUCAUACAACGUCACUCUGAAGCCUGACGCUCCUGCGGACAAGCUCGAGGCUGCGAAGGAGGAAGCCGUCAGUAAAGGUGGCUCUAUUAAGCAUGAAUACAGCUUGAUCAAGGGGUUCGUUGUCGAGUUUCCUGAUGACCACGUCGACACUCUGGAGUCCAACGAUCACGUCCACGUCGAGAAGGAUGCAGAGGUCAAGACUCAGUAA